AUGUCCACCACUGUUGGGUCUGCCAGGGAUAUCAAUCAGCCUAAUACUUUGAACGUCGAGGGUGCCGCACCCCAUGAGAAGUCCAAUGUCGAAGUAGACAAUGAAAAACUCGACACUGAGAUGGGAACAUCGAAAGAACUUGCACAAACAGGCUCCAAAGACCAUCUCCCAGAGCAAGAACCAGAGGAUGCAUUCCACCGAACAGCAUCAACAGUGGCUCCGUCGCAGAGAUCGGCCAGAAGAGACCCUGUCAGCCGGGUGACGACAGAUCCAGAAGGCAACACCUACCCCGAGGGUGGUCUCGAAGCCUGGCUUGUAGUACUGGGCAGCUUUCUCGGCUUGGUCGGCUCACUGGGCCUGGUAAACACCAUCGCGACCUUCCAAGCCUAUAUCCAAACUCAUCAGCUGAAAGAGUACAGCUCAGGAAGCAUUGGUUGGAUCUUCGGAAUGUUUGCAUUCUUGACUUUCUUUUGUGGAGUGCAAAUCGGUCCUAUUUUCGAUGCACGAGGACCCCGUCUCCUUGUCUUUGCCGGCUCCAUAUUUGAAAUGGCAAUGAUCGUUCUUCUCGGCUUCUGUACCCAAUAUUGGCACUUCAUGCUGGUCAUCGGAGUCUUGGGUGGAGUGGGAGCAUCUCUUAUUUUCACCCCGGCGAUCUCAGCGAUCGGUCACUAUUUCUACGAGAAGCGCGGAGUCGCAACCGGCAUUGCUGCCACUGGUGGUUCUGUUGGAGGCAUUGCCUUCCCUCUUAUAUUGGAAAGCCUGUUCCCCAAAAUUGGCUGGGCAUGGGCCACUCGUGUCGUUGCAUUGAUUUGCUUGAUAGUGCUGGGGCUUGCAAACCUCCUGAUUCGAUCCCGACUACCCCAGAAGCCAUUCUCCAAGGAGAAUGUGUUGCCUGAUUUCCGAAUUUUUCGAGAUGUAAGAUUCGCACUCACGACCGCCAGCGUCUUCUUCAUUGAAUGGGGUCUUUUCGUGCCGAUCAGUUACAUCUCAGUCUAUGCCCUCGACCACGGCUUCUCAACCCAGAUGUCCUAUCAGAUCAUCGCCAUCCUGAAUGCCGGUUCAUUCUUCGGUCGAUGGCUCCCUGGAUUCUUUGCCGAUUUCUUGGGUCGCUUCAAUACUUUAAUUGCAACGGUCGCUCUUUGCCUGCUUUGCAAUGCUUGUUUCUGGCUCCCUGCCGGAAACAGCUUGCCACUUCUUAUUGUUUACUCCGCCUUCUUUGGUUUCUCGAGCGGCAGCAAUAUUAGCUUGACGCCUGUAUGUGUUGGGCAGCUUUGCAAAACCGAAAACUAUGGCCGGUACUACGCUACUGCCUAUACCAUCGUGAGCUUUGGUACUCUCACCGGAAUUCCUAUCGCAGGCGAGAUCUUGGCGCGCUGCAAUGGAUCCUACUGGGGCCUUAUCACAUUCACCAUUUGUUGUUAUGCCGCCGGUCUGGCAUGCUGUACCGCCGUGAAGGUCAUCCAUGUUGGUUGGCGCAACCCUCUCGCGAUCUACUAA